AUGGCUGUGGUGAAAACGGCGGUCGGAGACAUGACGCGUCACGCCGACCAACUGCGCCGACGACCUGCGUCGCGGAUCGCCACAGAGGAUGACACCUGGAUGUCUGAUGUGGAAGUUCACAACCCAAGCCUCCUGACUCCGGUGCCUAAGGUGGCGAGCCCAGCGCAGGUUCGUGUCCAGGAGAACACCAAGGAAGCGAUGGGAACAUACAGGCUCGAGCUUCUUUGCCCCAACCCAAAGAGGAAAAUUUCUCGUAGCCUUGUGAGUGAAAGGGAGCACGAUGCAAUUUUCGGGCGAAAGGUCUAUUUCAAGUCGCGGGACAAGAUGGACGUCCAGUUGCCCUACACCCCAAAAUCUACGACCUUCCAGUUGAUGGUUUUAUUAGCUACGGCGACUUUCACGAAUCCACCGCCCGACACGUAUUACGACAGGGGCAUUAUUCUACCCCGGUACGACUACAUUAUCGUGGGAGGAGGAACUGCAGGAUGUGUCCUGGCCAACAAAUUAUCAGAAGAUCCCAACAUCACAGUACUCGUAAUCGAAGCUGGAAAGGCUGAAGACGCCACAACAGAGAUUCCCCUGUACACCUUUUUGCAUUUCAAUGAGCAUUUCGACUGGAAGUACAGGACAGUGCCACAGAAAAAAAGCUGUCUUUCAAUCGAAGGCAAGAAAUCUCGCUGGACUAGUGGAAAAGCUCUGGGAGGAUCUAGCGUUUUGAACUUCAUGAUAGUCAUACGUGGUAAUUCCAUGGACUACGAUCACUGGGAGGAGCUAGGGGCAACCGGAUGGGCAUUCAAGGACGUGUUGCCGUACUUCAAGGAUGUGGAAAACUUCAUGAUUCCAGAAUAUGUCAACAACGUGGCUGGCCCGACGAGAGCCAAGGUGCACAACUGUGGUGGACAGCAUACCGCCACCUACCGUGCUUGUAGAGCUGCCAAGGCCGCACUCAGUGCGCACCGACGACGUAUCCUGAAUAUUAACUCGAGUCCACCAACCUUACCUUCACGGCGUCCUCCCCCUGGACAAGCCCACUUCCCGUGUCUCUCGGGUAGCACCGAGCAACCGACACACCGUCUUCAGAGCUUGUUUGCCUUUGCACCUGCUGUAAAAACUCUCCAGCCAGCGGGAAAACAGGCGCCUGAAGACAGUUCCCCACGAUCAUCUAAACCGUCCCAAGCACGACCGGAGAAAGAGGAUCACACCUUUGGCGCAAUUAUCCUCAACGGAAGGGUUGCCACUGGUGUGAUGUUUGAGAAGGAAGGACGAAGUUACACCGUGAAUGCUGACCAAGAGGUCAUCCUGUCUGCUGGUGCAGUGAGGUCGCCACAGUUACUCAUGGUGUCCGGUAUCGGCCCAAGAAAACACCUGGAAAGCUUAAAGAUUCCCGUCAUAGCUGAACUACCAGUCGGCGACAACCUUAUGGAUCACGUUACUGUUGGAGGAAUCAUAGCCAGGAUGGAGGCUGAUGCUGAUAUACCUGCCAAAGGUGUCGCCGCCCUCAUGGAGUACAUCAUCAACAGUACUGGUCCAUACAGUGUCGCAGCAGGAGUGGAAUCCCUGCUCUUUCCACGAACGAAAUAUGGCCCUACUCCUGGCCAUGCGGAUGCGGAAAUAGCCAUGAUUUCCGUCCGACCAACCAUACCAGAGAUGAAAAGGCUGUACACGGACGUUGGAGUUCGAGGAGAGGACUACGACGCCUUUAUCGGUCCGCACCAAGGGAAACCGGGCUUCCAGUUGUUUCCAUUUAUAUUCAAACCAAAAUCCAGGGGAAUUAUAAGGCUGGCUAGCCCGGACCUCCACGACUUCCCACUCAUAGACCCACGGUACUACACUCAUCCCGAAGACAUCAAAGUCUGCGUUGCAGCCGUGAAAGCUGCCGUCGACCUGGUGACGGCGAAAGCGUUGAGGGAAGAUCUUGGAGCCAAAAUAUGGGACAUUCCUUUCCCUUCUUGCAAGCAACACAAGCUAUGGUCUGACUGCUAUAUGGCG